GAUGUCAUGAAAACUUCUCAGAAGUUGGGAAUGCCGCGAACUCUGUUGAUUUCUGAACAUGACGAAAUUUGACGAAAUAGCCAAUGAUGUUUGAGAUGCUUGUAUACUUCGGGCUCUUGGCCCCUGUGGGGUGAUACCCGGCUCUUGGUGGUUAUUGAAAGGUGGAGCCUAAAAUUUUAAAAUGAACAGGCUGAAACAAUCAGAUGGGGAUGACUGCAUGCAGAUAGCUGCAACUAAUGGCCACAAUGAAGAGGAUCAUAUUGAACAGGAAAUUGAAGAAAAGGAACAUUUCCAGAGGGUUAUUAAUGCUUUCAAAUACUACAAGGUGCACUUCCUCGGCAAGAUCGACAAGAACGAGGCAUUCGUGGCGGCCAUGAAGGAGCGGCAGCGCGAGCUGUUGGCCGACUACUCGGAGCAUCUGCUCCAGCUGCGCGUCUGCAUCGAGCACAAUCACGAGAUCAUCAAGCUGGUGCUGCAGGACGUGGACAGCAUGUUCGAGAACAGUCGACACGAUGAGCGGGAGCACCGCGGCCUGGGCCGGCCGACCCUCUCCGAGAUGGACAAGGUGAGCUCGGUGCUGCGCCAGGUGGUGCGGGACUGGAGCGCCGAGGGCGAGGCCGAGCGGCGCCAGUGCUAUCAGCCCAUCAUCGACGAGAUCUGCCACCGCUUCCCGGCCGGAGACACGCCUCGGAGCAGUAUCCAGGUGCUUGUGCCCGGCGCCGGCCUCGGCCGCCUGGCUUUCGAGAUCGCCAAGCUCGGCUACGCCUGCCAGGGAAACGAGUUCGCUCUGUUCAUGCUCUUCGCCUCCAACUUCGUGCUGAACAGGUGCCGCGGCACCCACGUGUACCGGCUGCACCCGUGGGCCACGACCAACACCAACAACCUGCGGCCGGCCGACCAGACGGCGGCCGUCUCGUUCCCGGACGUGGACCCGUCCCAGCUGCCCGCCGAUGCGCCCUUCUCCAUGGCCGCCGGCGACUUCCUGGAGGUGUACACCGAGCCCGACCAGUGGCACUGCGUGGCCACCUGCUUCUUCAUAGACUGCGCCAACAACGUGGUCCAGUUCAUCGAGACUAUCUACAGCGUGCUUCGGCCGGGCGGCUUCUGGAUCAACAUGGGCCCGCUGCUGUACCACUACGCCGACAUGCCGAGCGAGGAGAGCAUCGAGCCCACCUACGAGCACCUCAAGAGCAUCAUCGUGGCCAUCGGGUUUGUGUUUGAGAAGGAGGAGCAGGCUGUACCCACCGCCUACUGCCAGAACCGCUCCAGCAUGCUGCACUGGAGCUACAACUCGUCCUUCUUCGUCUGCCGCAAGCCGAGCUGAGUUGCCCGACGGCCAGCGUGCCUGACACCUUUCGUGCUCAAGAGCGGACGGGACGGCGGUGACGUUUCUCAGCUCGGCUGCGCGCGGCGUGCGGCGGGCCAGGGACCACCGCACGCAGGGCACGCCGUUUUAGCUCCGCUCUUGAAGCGCGGUUUGAACUGUGCCGACACCUCUGUGAUACUCUCCUGCCGCGGCGCCCUCCACCGCCCGCGGCCGCGCGCGCCGCCGACGCGCUUUUUGAACGCAUUGUUUCUGGUCAGUUCUGUUGUGACGCGAGCGAUGCCCGGCUUUUGUAAGAGUAAAGAGGAAGAACGCAAGGGAAGAAUGCAUCGAUGUCAAGUUUCCCCGCCCGCAACGCAGUAGCUUCCGGAUGGGUGGCCUGCACUGCGAACGGCGUGGCCAUCUCGGUGCACGGUGCAUCGUGGGUCGCAUUCGAUGUGUGUC